AUGUUUCGUCUCAGCUCACUUUCUAAGUUGGCCGAACUGGCGUUGGGCUCUCGAUGGUACCAUGGAGGAUCACAGCCCACCCAGGUCAGGAGACGACUAAUGAUGGUGGCUUUCCUCGGAGCGUCUGCGGUAACUGCAAGUACUGGCAUCUUGUGGAAGAGGGCCCAUGCAGAAUCUCCAUCAUCAGUAAACAACCUAAAGACCGAAGGGAAGAAUAAAGAUGAAGGUGACGUUUGCAACCAUGAGAAAAAAGCUGCAGAUGUUUGUCUUGAGUCUUAUCCAGAAGAGAAAAAGAAGAAACGAUCUGGAUUCAGGGAUAGAAAAGUGAUGGAAUAUGAGAAUAGGAUUCGCGCCUACUCUACACCAGACAAAAUCUUUCGGUAUUUUGCCACCUUGAAAGUGAUCAAUGAGCCUGGUGAAACUGAAGUGUUUAUGACUCCGCAAGAUUUCGUGCGGUCCAUAACACCCAAUGAGAAACAACCAGAACACUUGGGCCUGGAUCAGUACAUAAUAAAACGCUUUGAUGGAAAGGAUUUCUGGCAGAAAAUUUCUCAGGAACGAGAAAAAUUUGCUGAUGAAGGCAGUAUAUUUUACACCCUUGGAGAAUGUGGGCUCAUAUCCUUUUCAGACUACAUUUUCCUUACAACUGUUCUUUCUACUCCUCAGAGAAAUUUUGAAAUUGCCUUCAAGAUGUUUGACUUGAAUGGAGAUGGAGAAGUAGACAUGGAAGAGUUUGAACAGGUUCAGAGCAUCAUUCGCUCCCAAACCAGCAUGGGUAUGCGUCACAGAGACCGUCCUACUACCGGAAACACCCUCAAGUCUGGCUUGUGUUCGGCCCUCACAACCUACUUUUUUGGAGCUGAUCUCAAGGGGAAGCUGACAAUCAAAAACUUCCUUGAAUUUCAGCGUAAACUUCAGCAUGAUGUUCUGAAGCUAGAGUUUGAACGCAAUGACCCUGUGGAUGGGAGAAUUACUGAGAGGCAGUUUGGUGGCAUGCUGUUGGCCUACAGUGGGGUGCAAUCCAAGAAGCUGACCGCCAUGCAGAAACAACUGAAGAAGCAUUUCAAAGAAGGAAAGGGCCUGACGUUUCAGGAGGUAGAGAACUUCUUUACUUUCCUAAAGAAUAUUAAUGACGUGGAUACUGCAUUGAGCUUUUACCAUAUGGCUGGAGCAUCUCUUGAUAAAGUGACCAUGCAGCAAGUGGCCAGGACGGUGGCUAAGGUGGAGCUCUCAGACCACGUGUGCGACGUGGUGUUUGCACUUUUUGAUUGUGACGGCAACGGGGAGUUGAGUAAUAAGGAAUUUGUCUCCAUCAUGAAGCAACGGCUGAUGAGAGGCCUAGAGAAGCCCAAAGACAUGGGCUUUACUCGCCUCAUGCAGGCCAUGUGGAAAUGUGCACAAGAAGCCGCCUGGGAUUUCGCUUUGCCCAAACAGUAACCCAGAACUGCCGGAGGGCAUCUCCUCCACCCAGAGCACCCUGGAUCCCCUGGAGCAGAGCCUCAGCACAGCCCUUCCAGCUGCUGCUUCUGGAGCAGUGCUCCUCCCCCUGGGAAUGACCUCCAGAGUCCUGCAGCUUCUCUUCAACACCCUCCCCUAUCCCGUGUUCUGCCAGGGCCCCGAUUCUGCUCUGUGGUCAUCCCAUAGAUGUGCUUAUCUCGAGAAACAUGAGCAAGUCCUAAAGCUUAGCCUCUUGGCACCUGCAGGAGCAUUACCAUUCA